AGAAUCCCGUUUGGAUAAGCACACAAUCUUCAGGGCUAGCGCUGCAGAAACAAAGAGGGAGACGAGCAGACAACUCUGAUGGGCUACUGCACAUUAACUAAAGAACAAUCUGACAAAAAAACAAUACAUUAAUCAAAGCUUUGAUUCGAGGAUCCAUCCGAUCCAUCCAUCCAGUACAGUCAUGACGCCUGUGACUGCCAGCCUUUUGGCAAUGAUCAUGCUGAUUGAAUUUCAGCAAAGCACCUCUUCCACCUCUGGCAUCAUAGACUUCUCCUACAAAAACCUCUCAUCUGUCCCAAGUGACCUGCCACGAGACGUGGAGUAUUUAGAUCUUUCAUGCAACCAUAUCAAGGAACUACGCCAAGGGGACUUUGGAAACACUUCUCUCCUGAGGUUCCUCAACCUGUCCUGGAAUACCUUGGAGAAAAUUCAUCCCGAGACGUUCCACGGCACGCCACUCCUGGAGGAUCUGGACCUGUCGCACAACAGGCUGCAGAACCUGCUGGAUCAGCAGUACCUGCUCAACACAGAAAAUCUCCAGGCACUGUACUUGGGCUACAACUUAUUCCACACAAUGACCCUGGGGAAGGAGUUCAGUUAUCUGGUAAAGCUUGAGAGAUUAGCAGUUGAUGCCAACAACAUCAGUAUGGGUGAUUUCAAGAAUAUUUCUGCUUUGAAGCUACAUACACUGAGCCUUUGCCUGAAGGAUGAACUUAACUAUGAAGAAGGCAGCCUUAAAGAUGUCAGUGCUAAAAGGCUUCAGAUGGACUUGGCACAAAAAGAAUCAGUGGACCCCAUCUUGGUAAAUGAUGCACUGUUGAUAUUUGGUGAGGUUGAGUUCAUCAAUUUGACAAAUGGCUGCAAUUACAUUGAUAAGCGACUGACAAUGAAAGAGCAUAUCCAAACUUCACAUCUCUAUCUCACCAGCAUUUUAAUCAAAUGGCAUGAACUAACUGACUUUGUAAAUGCAGUCCUCCUCUCCUCCAUCGCCCAUCUGAGUUUGUCUGAUGUUGCUCUCUACAAUUUACCAUAUCAGGACACUCGUGUCUACAACACAUCUAAUAUGAAAUCCUUCACAGCCAGAAAAGUUGUGGUGAAGUCUUUCUUUUUUUCACAGGAGGCUGUAUACAACUUUUUUAUCAACAUGCCAGUGAAGCGUCUGGCAAUUUUGGACACAUCUAUCAUACACAUGACAUGCCCAAAGUCACCGAGUCCAAUUGAACAUAUUGAUUUUUCCAAUUGUGCACUAGGCGAUUCCAUCUUCACCACAAUGCAGAGUCAAGGGAUCAAGGAAUGUGACAAUCUCACUACGUUGGUGGAUUUGAUUCUGAGAGGUAACAACCUCAAGAGCCUUCAAGUUGUGAGCAAACGUGUACAAAACAUGAUCUCCCUGCAAAAUCUGGACGUCAGCCUCAAUUCCCUGACUUCUAGUGGGGCUAAAUGUUUCUGGCCACCCAAUAUCACCCAUAUGAAUCUGUCCUCUAAUGGCCUGACAGACUCAGUUUUUAAAUGUCUGCCAAAUAAAACUAAGAUACUGGACCUCCGCAACAACCAAGUUUCUGUGGUACCAUCAUCCAUCUUGCAAUUGGAUGACCUUUUGGCUCUUGAUCUAAGUGACAACCGGCUGCGGGACCUACCAGUGUGUCACCAUUUCCCUACACUGAGAGUACUUAUGCUUAAGGGAAACUCCGUCCAUGCCCCUUCUGUGAGUAACCUUCAGAGUUGCCCCCAGCUGAAAUUCCUGGAUGUCAGCAACAACCCCUUCACCUGUACCUGUGCUCUAAAGAGUUUCAGAAGUCUUGGCAUUAAGUCUGAACAGAAUGUUCACACAGGGAUCCAUCUGCUGAACUGGCCAUGGGCCUACAACUGCAGCUACCCAGAGGGCAAUAAGGGCUUCACCUUAAAAGAAAUCCAGAUCCCAGAGGUCUCCUGCAAUGUUGGCCUUCUAGCUGCCACUAUCCUGGGCCCAGCAGUGGCAAUGAUUAUUGCAGUAGCAACACUGUGCCACUAUUGGGACGUUCCAUGGUACAUAAGAAUGAUCGGGCAGUGGACCAGAGCAAAACAUCGUGCCAGAACCCAGCAACUUCGGCCUGAGGAACUGGUGGGGGUUGAGUUUCAUGCUUUUGUAUCUUACAGCCAGCAUGACGUUGAAUGGGUGCAGAAUUACCUCCUCCCCAACCUUGAGGGCCCUGCAGGAGGGCUCCACAUCUGUCACCAUGAGAAGAACUUCGUGCCAGGAAAGUCAAUUAUUGAAAACAUUAUCCGCUGUGUGGAGAAGAGCCGACGGUCUGUGUUUGUGCUCUCUGCACACUUUGUCAAGAGUGAAUGGUGUCACUAUGAGCUAUACUUCGCAAGUCACCACCGCCUGUCCCGGGGCUCUGACAGUGUUGUGCUUGUGCUGCUGGAGCCACUGCCUAAAUACCUGAUCCCCUCCAAGUACUACCAGCUGAAGAGCAUGAUGGACAGGCACACCUACUUGGAGUGGCCCCAGGACAGGUCCAAGCAGAGGCUCUUCUGGGCUAACCUCAGAGCUGCCCUGCAGGCAGACCUGCCAGAUGCACUAGUCAGAUAACUGGAAGGGUGAGAGACCGAGAGAGAAAAGGGAGAGCAGAGAGAGAGGGAUGGAAAAGAGGACAGAGGGCAGAGUAGAUAGAAAGAAAAUGGUAAAAGGGGUAAGGAAGCUGAGUGAAAAUGAAAAGGAUAGAUUUUCAAGCCUGUUCCUCUUUUGUACUUGAUCAUAAGCUCUUGAGCUCUUCUAUUGAAUGUUGAAAAUGAUGUUGUGAGAUAAGCCGAAAUCAUUAAAAUAACAAGUACAUUUCU